AAGAAGUAAAUUAAAAAAAAUCUCUCUUUUAACAGUACUUUGAAAAGCAUAUUGGGCUAUCGUCUGUCUGAAUCUGUUGGGCUCAUUCUGAACGUCAAAUCAGGUUAAAAAAACAAUUGAAACAGAGACACAUAACUCUUCUACGGGACGUGAAUAAAGAACAAGCUUGCACAGCAGAUCACAAAUUUGAUGAUUUGUUUGCUGGGGGACCGAAAUGAGGGACAAUACCAGCAGUGACGAUGAGUGCAGUGGGAGUGAGGAAGAAACGUAUUCCUCGGAUAACAGGGACAGUGAUAGGAACGAUGAUGGGAGAAGGAAGGUCACAAAGGAAAAUGCGGUUAAUACAAGUAGGAAGAGGCCUUAUGACGACGACGAUGAUGAUGCAGGGGAGCAGUUUAGGGCCAAGAGGGUAGCCAGGAUAAGAGAUGUGGUGUUCAGGGUAGUGGUGCCUUCACAUGAGAUAGGGAAGGUCAUUGGGAAACAAGGUGCGAAGAUCAAAGUUCUACGAGAAGAAACAGGUGCCAAGAUAAAAAUUGCAGACCCAGUAGCUCCACAGGAAGAACGGGUGAUAAUUAUUUCAUCAAAGGAUGAAGAAAAAGAAGAUAAGUCAGCUGCAGAGAAUGCUUUGAUCCGGAUUAUCACAGCUAUUCUUGAGGAAAGUGGAGGUAGUGCCACCACAACUAAAGCUGUUUCACGCCAUGUGGGCCCAAACAUGACACGCCUUCUAAUUGGAGGAUCUCAAGCUGGCAGUUUGAUUGGUAUGUCCGGGAAUACUAUAAAAAAGAUAAGGAAGGAUUCAGGUGCUUCAGUGCAGGUUAUGCCACAGAAUCUCUUACCAUUCUGUGCAUCAGCAUCAGAAACUGAUCGUUUAGUACAGAUAUCGGGAGAACUAUCACAAGUUCUGAAAGCUUUGGACUAUAUUGGCAGUACUCUUAGGGAAAACCCACCAAAAGAAGUAAUUUCUAUGAGGCCAACUUAUUAUGUACCGCCUAGUGCUGCAAAUAAGCUGAUGCUAUUUCCUCGGUCAGCAUUGCCAAGAUAUACCAUGCAGUCUGGCAAUUUCAGUUCCCCACAUUCAAGAGCUGCGGGCAAGGCUGUUCAUGGAGUUUCAACAAUUUCAGGGGCUUCUGCUUCAUUCCCUAGAGUCACUGUUGAAAUAACUAUUCCCAGUGAUGUGGUUGGAGGCUUGAUUGGGAAAGGAGGUUCAAAUAUCUCAAAAGUCAGGUCUGUUUCAGGAGCAACUGUUAAGAUCACUGGAAAUAAGGAUUUUGAAACACGCACCAUCUAUUUUGAAGGCACAUCAGAACAGGUUGCAAUAGCACAAAACCUUGUUAACUCAUUCAUAAAUGUACAGCAGCAGACAUGAUAACAGUACAUUAUUUAUAGUUUUUGCUAUUGGCAAGAUAUGUAAUGUUAUAAUUUGGAACUGUAAAUUCUGAGAGUAUAGUGGCUUUCGAAAUUCAAGAUGUCUUUACACCUUCA